AUGGUAUUUGCCCGUGCUGCCUCGCGCCUUGUGCGCCCUGCCUCGUCCCUCCUCAGCGCUCGCGCCGGACCCCGAUUGACUUCGUCGCUGCGACAACUCAAUGCCUUCAGAACGCUGACCGCGACUGCGUCACAACAGGGAAAAGUUCUUCUCGUCCUCUACGAUGGUGGCAUCCACGCCGAGCAGGAGCCCCAGCUUCUCGGUACCACUGAGAACGAGCUCGGUAUCAGGAAAUGGAUUGAGGAGCAAGGCCACGAGCUGGUAACCACAUCCAACAAGGAGGGCGAGGACUCCGAGUUCGACAAGCACCUUGUUGAUGCUGAGGUUAUCAUCACCACUCCUUUCCACCCCGGUUACCUUACCGCAGAGCGUCUCGCCAAGGCCAAGAACCUGAAGCUUGCCGUUACUGCUGGUAUCGGAUCUGACCACGUCGACCUCAACGCUGCGAACAAGACAAAUGGCGGUAUCACCGUUGCCGAGGUCACUGGCUCCAACGUCGUCUCUGUCGCUGAGCACGUCGUCAUGACCAUCCUCACUCUCGUCCGCAACUUUGUCCCCGCCCACGAGCAGAUUGCCAAGGGCGAAUGGAACGUUGCUGAGGUCGCUAAGAACGAGUACGACCUCGAGGGCAAGGUUGUAGGAACCGUUGCUGUCGGACGUAUCGGAGAGCGUGUGCUCCGCCGUCUCAAGCCCUUUGACUGCAAGGAGCUGCUGUACUUUGACUACCAGCCUCUGUCUGCCGAGAAGGAGAAGGAGAUUGGCUGCCGCCGUGUCGAGAACCUCGAGGAGAUGCUUGCCCAGUGCGACGUUGUCACCAUCAACUGCCCACUGCACGAGAAGACACGGGGUCUGUUCAACAAGGAGCUCAUUUCCAAGAUGAAGAAGGGCUCAUGGCUGGUCAACACUGCCCGUGGUGCCAUUGUUGUCAAGGAGGAUGUCGCACAGGCUCUCAAGGACGGCCACCUCCGUGGAUACGGUGGUGAUGUCUGGUUCCCUCAGCCCGCUCCCAAGGACCACCCACUCCGCUAUGCCACCAACCCAUGGGGCGGCGGCAACGCCAUGGUUCCCCACAUGUCCGGUACCUCCAUUGACGCACAAAAGCGCUACGCCGACGGCACCAAGGCCAUCCUGGACGAGUACUUCUCCGGCCGCCACAACUACCGGCCCGAGGACCUUAUCGUACACAAGGGCGACUAUGCGACCAAGGCGUACGGUCAGCGCAAGUAA